UUUCAGCUGUAUAGAAUCAAGGGAUAACAUUUCAGGCCAUCUGGAGGCCCCUUGAAGUCUUCUUCCCAAAGGCAUCCAGGGAAGACCUUUUCUCUCCAUGGCCUCGAGUUUUCUUAGGAUUUCCUUGAGCCUAGCUAGUUCUUCUUCUGUUGCUGAAAAUCUUCCACUGGAUGGAGGAAAAAGAGGAGUUGGCAGGAAGGAGACUUUGUGGCUGGAGCUGUGCCUGUCUUUGCAUCUCAUCAUGGGCUCUACCGAGGGAACCAUGUUUGGGUCUGACCCAGUGGCCCUCUAAUAUGGGGAAAGGGUUCAGUUCCUUCCGUGAUUCCUUCCUUCUCUUAUCCUGUCCUUCUGUGUUUCUUCCCUUCCAUCUUUCCUUUCUUCUUUCCUUUUUCACUUUGUUUACCUUGAGCCAGAGGUAUGCGGCUUCAUGUCUAACCUUUUGCUUCUUCUUUCUUGACCAGGACAUGAGAGUUCUCUGUUCCCAUCCCUGCCGUGAUGGGAAACGAACCAGCUUCUAGUAGAUAUUAAGGCAUUUGGAAACCAAAGUGCAGUAAGGAAACCAGUCCUCUAGGAAAAAGGAUUCCUCUCAAGGGGCUGAUCCUGCAGAAUUCCUACAUUCACUUUGGAUUAUACAGUAGAACCAUAGAGUCGGAAGAGACUGCAUGAGGCACCCAGUCCAGGCCUCUGCCGUGCAGGAAAAGCGCAAAGUACCCCUGACAGAUGAGCAUCUAGCCUCUGUUUAAAAGAUUCCAAAGGAGCUUUCACUACAUUUUGAGGCAGAGAGUUCCACCGCUGAACAACUCUUACAGUCAGGAAGUUCUUCUUAAUGUUCAGAUGGAAUCUACUUUCCUGUAAUUUGAACCCACUGCUGUGAGUGAUCAGAAAGGGAAAAACAAGAAUCAAGUGUCCAUUUUGGAAUUAAAUGUACAUAGCACUAUUGACAUGGAGGAGAAAGCAUAUAAAUGUAUCGAAUGUGGAAAGAGCUUUAGUCAGCAUGGAAAGCUGAAGAGACAUCAAAGGACUCACACUGGGGAGAAACCCUAUAACUGCCUGGAGUGUGGACAGAACUUUGCUCAUAGUUCAGGCCUACGUUCACAUCAAAGGACUCACACUGGGGAGAAACCCUAUAAAUGCCUCGAAUGUGGACAGAGCUUCUCUCAUAAUUCACAUUUAUAUAGACAUCAAAGGACUCACACUGGGGAGAAACCCUAUAACUGCCUGGAGUGUGGACAGAGCUUUGCUCGUAGUUCAGGACUACGUUCACAUCAAAGGACUCACACUGGGGAGAAACCCUAUAAAUGCCUCGAGUGUGGACAGAGCUUUGCUCGUAGUUCAGGACUACGUUCACAUCAAAGGACUCACACUGGGGAGAAACCCUAUAACUGCCUGGAGUGUGGACAGAGCUUUGCUCAUAGUUCAGGACUACGUUCACAUCAAAGGACUCACACUGGGGAGAAACCUUAUAAAUGCCUCGAGUGUGGACAGAGCUUCUCUCAUAAUUCACAUUUAUAUAGACAUCAAAGGACUCACACUGGGGAGAAACCCUAUAACUGCCUGGAGUGUGGGCAGAGCUUUGCUGUUAGUUCAGGUCUGCGUUCACAUCAAAGGACCCACACUGGGGAGAAACCUUACAAAUGCCUGGAGUGUGGGCAGAGCUUUACUCUGAAGGGAAACUUACAAACACAUCAAAGAACUCACACUGGGGAGAAACCCUAUAAAUGCCUGGAGUGUGGACAGAGCUUCGCUCGUAGUUCAGCACUACGUAGACAUCAAAGGACUCACACUGGGGAGAAACCCUAUAACUGCCUGGAGUGUGGCCAGAGCUUUGCUCGUAGUUCAGGACUAAGUUCACAUCAAAAGACUCACACUGGGGAAAAACCAUAUAAAUGCCUGGAGUGUGGACAGAGCUUUACUCAGGGGGGACAUUUACGUUCACAUGAAAGGACUCACACUGGGGAGAAACCCUAAAAAUGCCUGGAGUGUGGACAGAGCUUUGCUUG